AAAAUGACAGAAGAUUUACCAAUGGAUUCCCCUCCUUCAUCACUACCCCAAACUCCCCCAUCUCAUGCAGGCACGGUGACCCGUUCAGGCUCUCCAAUCCCAUCAGAUUUGCGGAAUCGAGUCCCAGCCAUAUUUGGAGGGCAUCCCCCUUCUUUUAUGGAAAAGAGAAGAAGUUCUAUAGUUAUGGGGCAGCGUUCUGUAGACUUACUCAUGGAACAGCCUGGCGAACCUAUGCCUCGUUUUGUUAUUUUUAUCAUUCGAUGCUAUCGGAGAUGGGGGUAUUUUAAUUAA